AUGCAAUGCUAUGAGCUGUUGCUGCCGUUGAUCGGUUAUGCACAACGUGCCGUGAAGGUGUUGGUGUGGGAGCCUCCACUACUCACCUGGUUGUGCUACAUGGCGUUCACCUUUGUAUGCUUCAAUCCACGGUUUUUCAUCCCGAUUAUGCACUUGCCACUCAUCGGAGUCCUGGUGAAGAAGGGAUGGUACCGCUACCUAAUUACUCAAUAUACCAAAUAUGGCACUGUGGGAUUAUACGGCCGAAAAUAUAUGGGACCGUUGCCCUCGGCAAAGGAGGUGGGAUUGAUGGAUGAGUUCACGUACGAGCUAGACAGUGGAGGUGAGGAAUCAGACGAGGAGCGAGCCAUACCCGCGGCAGGACCACCCACAGACAACGAACCGUUAGACCCAGCCGUUUACGGGGCCAAUGGCGUUAAGCCAAGUACAGUGGAGGACGACUUGGCUAGUCUGGGUGCACUGGGGACGGCCAUUGGGGCACUGGUGGCGGUAGUGCCCGGAGUACAGCAGUAUCUGGAUAAAGCACAGAACGGCAUUGUCAGUGCCAAUGACGGGAUCGAAUCCCUCUACGCCGUCUUUGACUGGUCCAAUACUACGGUGUCCCGGGACGCUUUAAUAGGACUCAUUUUGUCCGCUUUCGUCUUCUGCUUUAUUGAGCUGCACCUCAUUGUGUUUGCAGCGGGCACGGCUAUCCUCUUCUGUACAUCGGAUGUUGGUCAGAAGAUCAUCAAAUUCGUCUCGGGAGUGGCCAAGUACCUCACCACUCGUCGGUACAAAAAGAUGGAGAGCUCCGGCAGCGUGCACGCAGACGCAGACAUUCAGAACAACAUCUACCGGGCUAUGCGCAGACGUACCAAGCGACUCACCGUCAACCGAGAGACCACCAAAAGCGCCAACGUGUACCUUGCUACCAAUACCAGGACACCCACGCAGAACGCCAUAGUCAGUCCCAAGUCCGCGGUCGUCAAGCCGCCCAAAGCCGCGUCGGUGAUGUGA